AUUUAUCACUUUUAUUUAUUAGUGAUGUGAGCCAAAUCGGCCCAUAUGGAUUUUCCUUGGUUGGAAACUUGUGAUGCUCAUACUCAUGCUCACGACGAUGUAGAGCAUCUCAAGGAAAUUGCUAAUUUGAAAACUAACAAGAUUUGUUUGAUGGGGACUCGUUUAGAAGAUUUGGACGUAGUUUCUAAACUUGCGACGGAUUUUCAAAUGAAGGUUAUACCUUGUUUUGGGUUUCAUCCAUGGUUUUGUCAUUUACUUUCACUUGAAAAUGAACCUGAAAGUAAAGUUCAUUACCGUACAAUUUUAAAGGAUAUUGGCCCAAAAGAUCCUUCAAGAAGCAAUUACUUAGAGGAAUUCAUUGAUUCUUUACCAUCUCCUAAGCCAUUUGAUGUGUGGCAUAACAAAUUAGAAAAUUUACUUGAAACGCAUCCAAAUUCACUUUUAGGAGAAGUCGGAUUAGACAAAACGUUUCGAUUACGCGAUCAAGAAUCAAAACAACUUAGUAAAGUACAAACCACAAUGCAACAUCAAACAGCAAUUCUUGAAAAGCAACUGGAUUUAGCAGCUAAAUAUAAACGCGCUGUUAGUAUGCAUUGCGUUCAAUCCACGGGUGCAAUAACUGAAUUGCUUAAUAGAAGAAUUAACGAACGGGAACCACUUCCACCUCGUAUUUGUUUACAUUCAUUUGGAGGUUCUGUUGAUACAAUUAAAUUUUUAACCAAACAGACAAAGAAAAAGGAGGGAGUUUCAGUAGAUAUUUACUUCUCUUUUAGUGUUGUUAUUAAUGGCAAAUAUGAUAGACUACCUGAUUUAAUAAAAGCAGUUCCGGAGGAUAGAUUGUUAAUUGAGACAGAUUAUCAUUCUCCUUUUGGAUUGGAUCAUUAUAUGGCUAGGAUUAUUAAGUUGGUGAGUGAAGCUAAAGAAUGGACUGAAGCGACGACUGUUGAAAAAACGCGUAAAAAUUUCAUAAAGUUUGUUGGAAAGACAAUUUAGAAAUUGAAAUUUUUUAGGGAUAUCCACAUUUAAUUUAGUGUGAAUCAAUUUUAUAUUUUAUAAUCUCUUUUUACAAUUUCAUCGAAUUUGUUUUUAUCAGCUACAAAAUAUUUUAUGUAGUCAGCUUCUAAAAUAUGCAUUCUAUUUCCUACUAUGAUAAGAGAAUGUAAUGGAGGACCAAAAUCUUCAGAUAAUAAUUGAUUUAAUGUACCAGCUUUAAUUAUUUGUUCUGUUAAAGAACCAAGACGCGCAAUACCUAUUGCCAGAGUUUCAGAUGUAUAGGC